AUGCCUCGAGCGUCCGGCCCGGGCAAGCGACAACAAGGCGCCUCUUCAGGCCACCGCGAUUCGAAGCACGACAAUGGCCUUGUGAGCCCUGCAAAACGCAACCCUGGUAGGAAGAGUCAUGGCCAACUCGACGGCUCUGCGAGACCGCCCGACAACAGCGCAGGCCACGCAGGGCCGUCCCCGUCGCCGCCUCUCCUCCCGUUGCAUGCCGCCCAUCCCCAUGGAUCCUCGUCCAAGAACAACUCUGAUGCCGCCACCGACGCCUGCUCCGCUGACUUUACGAGGAGAGACUCGCUAGGCACCUACUCAGAGACCUCAUCCGACUCGUGCCAAUCUCAGGCCGGCGCCAACGGCGACUCCCUGAUCGAACCAGGCCAUCGUCAGAUCGACCUCAGUGCCAUGAAUCAUGUCGACGUCCACAAGGAUCCUGGCCCUCUUGAAAUGACCGUCACCGUUGUCAAGUCUCUACCGAUGCAGGACACUCUGGCCAUUCUGAUUAUCCUCAUGCACGUCCCGCACCUGUCCCUGUCUUUCAUCUACGCCUUUUUCGCCUUGGUCACCUUUGUGCCUCCUGUUACCACGAGAACUGGCAUGAACAUCAAUUUGGCCGAAAUUCUUGACAGCCACUCCCAUACCCUGAAUUUCGUCACGCUAUUGUGCAUCGAUUUCCUCUUCUUUCUGAUAUGGGUGUUUUUGUGGCAGCCCAUACAAGACGGCAUCCUUGAAUUCGCAAAACCAGUCAUUGCAAUAACUCUUGGCGGCGGAACCAACGCGAAAGAUGGAACCUCGAGAGGCGUCACCACAUGUUUUACCUGGAUAUUGCUUCAUCAAAUUAUUCGUGCCACCAGGGCCCACUGGGCAAAGUUGGCCCGACACCUUCCACAAAAUUCACCCCUGCCUGCACUGCUGACCCAGUCAUUCGAACCCAAGCCUGUGGUGUAUGAUAAGAGAAGCACUCACGGAUGGAUUCAAAGUAUAUUGGCCAUGCACAUUCUCACGCAGGGCAUCGUUCGAUAUGUGCGCGAGUGGUAUUUGAAGCGCGAGAAGUACAAUGCGGCAUGCGGCUCGGGCGACCCUGAAGCUGGAAAGCCGUCGUCCCUGGGCAAUUCCUCUGGGUCGCUUGGUGGCGGCCAGAGCUGCCCUCAGUCGUUGGUCGACUCCAACGACGCCGGCUUGGCAGGAACAGAUGCCGAGGCUAGUGUGCCUCAGCCCACGGCGACGAACCCGACCACCACAAAGAAACGGCGGAAACAGAACGCCCAAGUCCGUUUGCAGCAGCCGCUCUGGGCCGCCGUUGCUAGCACCAAAAUUGUGGUGAUGAAGGAAAUGGAGCUUUCAAGGUCAGUCCGGCCAGACGGGAUUGUGAAUAUCCACACGAACGAAGGCACAACAUUUGAGAAGAAGGACAGGCAAAUAUGGAUAUCGUACAUUGGCAGUGACGAAGUAUGCUUUAACACGAGUUAUUUUUCCGAUUUUAAAACAGACAUACCGCAGGAACCGAUGAAGUCCAACGGGCACGUCAAGGCAACGCGGCCGCCCGGGGUGGAUUCAUCCAAACCAUUUUACGUAAGGAUUAACAACGCGUUUUGGCAGCCUAGCCGCAUAUUUCCGGUUGAUGAGGCGGAGGAAGAUGAUGAAAACAAGGACGGUAAAGAUGGGAAAGAGGGCAAGCGCACUCGCUGGACCGGCGACAUAUAUGGGCUUCGACCGGCGUCGAAAUAUGUCUGCCAGUUCGUCGAUGUGGAAACUGGGGCCGUCAUCUUUUCCACAAGUAUUCGCACCGUCAAGGAAACUCUACGAGAAGACGAACCAAUAUCGCCAGUGUUUCCUCCAAGCCAGCAGCCUCUUCGACCAGACUCCCCGGCAACCAUUUUGCGAACGUCGAUUGCAGCCUCGGAGGCGAGGCUCGCCGAAGAAAAGUCUCGUCUCAGGACCUUGCGCAAGGAUUUGAAAACCAAGGUCAACGCCGUGAGAAAGGAAAAUGAACUUGUCGACAACCAGCUUUCCUCGGCGGGCAGCAGCGAUGAAAAGCACAGGCAAAAGAUUCGCCAACAGGAGACUCAAAAGGCCCAGGCAGAACGCGACACGGCGUCCUUGGCCGAGGAACUCAAGAACUUCGACGCGGCGCCAGAGCUCCUGGAACGUAAGAAGAAGACGGAAAGAAUGUAUGGCGCCGAGAAAAAGACAUUUGACGUCGAGCAGAAGGAAUUUAAUAAGCACAAAUCUGCCCUGGAUGGAGAGGUCAAGACCAGGGAGCUUGAAAUGUCUAGCUUGAACACGCGACGAAACAAGAUAGCUACACGCAUUGCCAAGGUAGAGACGGAGCUGGACAACAUCACGGAUGCAAACAAUCGUGGCCUUGGCGAGGCCGAGCGUCGAAACCAACAACGGACAUUCUGGUUGAGCAAUGCAAACUCGAUUGAGAACAACUACAAUGAACGCCUCAACAUGGUGCACGAAAACAACUCGGCCAAGGGCAGGCUGUACCAACUCUUGCGGGGGCAGAUACGCGUCUUGCACGAAUACUUGAGCUCCUCGAACAGCAUGGCCGGGGACGACGGUGCUACAAGCGGCGCCGGCGAGGUUGGGCACAGAGCGUUUUCGCAGCCGCAAACGUGGAACCCAAAUCCUGCCGUGACACCACACUACCCCCCGGGAAUAUGGCCAAGCUCUUUCAGCGACGCGGUUCCUCCCGUAGCCGCGGCGUCGACGCAUUCCAGCGCUCCAGGGUGGCAGCCUCCUCCCACCGCUCCGCCAUUCGAGCCUCGCGGAGCCAGGUCUAGGGGCCGCAGCUCUAGCAUGCUGAGUGACUUGAGUGGGUUUACGGAACCUAGCGACGAAGGCUCCGUCAAGUCGCCACCAAUUCGUCUUCGCAGGCCGGGCCCAGGUGCGGGACGCAACGGCACAAGCGGUAGCAGCGCCAGCAGCGGUAGCGUCAGUCUUGGUGACCCAGCGAGCCCCAGAUGA